AUGGAGCGCAAGACACCACCGGAAAGGCCCCCAGAGACUACUCCGAAAGGUAAUAAAAGUUUGGCCGAGAAAUCAGAUGACGUUGGAGAGGACUGCGGUGGUGAUGAAAAUGACAGUGAUGAUGAGAGUCUGGGCAGCGGCGACGGUGAGCCGGAUUAUGAGAGCGAAGACGAAGAUUUAGAUGGAUUUAUCGUUAGCGAUGAUGUAAGAGACUACGCCGGCGGUAGAGCCAUACAGGUUGAGGGUGAGGACGAGGUAAACGAACAUCUUCGACAACAAGAAGAGGGGCGUUUGGAGGCUCUAAACGAACUUGUAGACUCAUCUAGUGAGGGAGAGGCACCCAUACCUGCCAGAAAAAGGCGGGAAAGAGGCAGACGUGUUGUUCAAGAUGACGAACCCGAUGAGGAAGUCGAGGCACCCAUACUUGCUCAUGGUCGUAGUGGAUUUUCAGAUGCAGAACUUCAGGGUGUUCGCGAUGGCCCAGGGGAUAAGCAUUCUGUGACUUCACGCUCGGGCUCUGGCUCAAGCUUGUCGCCCGUGCCAAAAGACAAAUGCAAAGGUGGGAUUCGGUCUCCAACACCUACUGUCAAACAGGAACCUUUGCUUUCUCAACAAAUUCCUAAUGAAAAAGGCCCAAUUCCCAUUAUUGACCUCACUGUCGAAGACCCUCCCCCUGGAUCAAAGAAACAAUCCAGAGCCCCGACGAUGCCUACCCAACGGAAGAAUGUUGAGGUCGAGAUACAAGAACUUUCUGAUGAUGAAGAGACUCCGCUCGCACUUCUUACACGUUUGAUUAAGGAAAUUGAACCCCAAACUCGAGCAGCCCUGUUUUACCGGAUGGAGGAAAACAAGAUUGGUAAAAUCUUUGGACUCGUUAUAUCUGUGGCUAGACAGAUCCAUGUAGAGAAGCUCAAGUAUUACACUGGACUUGAUAGAUACAAUUCCGAAAUUUAUAGGAUACUCACUAGAUUGUAUCUCUCUUGGCUCCUAGGUAAAGAGUUAUCGAAGCAUCCCAAACCCAGCCCGGAAGAGUUUAAGAAGGCAGAAACCGCAGCCCACUUCAAAGAGUUUCGCACGAUUUUGCGAAAACUAACUCACGUCGAUGAUGUUCCUAUCGUUGGAGGUGGUGGCGUAUCCGACUAUGAUCAGUUGGGGAAUGGCGGAAGGAUAAAUAUUGUUGGUAGUAGGGGCAGUGCGAGUGGAGCUUCUAGUUCUACCCAGUCUCCAGUACCGCAACCGACUUCGAGCCAGAAAACGAAGGUUCGAAAGCCAGUUGAAGAAGAUCCUCAUGCCAGGGCCCUUCGAGAACGUGCGCUUAAGAACCAGAGGAACCUAAUGAAUCGCAUCAGGAGUCAGAAGAGAUCCAGUAUUGCUCCGGAUCCCGAGAAGGUUGCAAUAAAUUUAGGAAAGUACAAGAGAUAUAAUGACAUCUACUUCCAUCCCGAUUUUGCUGGAACACUUAAGCCUCACCAAGUCGAUGGAGUGCGGUUUCUAUGGCAACAACUAGUUCAGAGCGGAGAAGGAAGAGGCGCACUUCUGGCACAUACUAUGGGUUUAGGGAAGACUCUGCAGGUGAUCACUUUUCUUUACACACUAGCCACUGCGGCAGCAUCUAAACAAGAGGCCACUUUCGGUCAAAUACCAGAGGCUUUAAGAGAAUCAAAAACCCUCAUACUUAGCCCGCCUGGCUUGGUGGAGAAUUGGUGGGAUGAGUUCCAGAAGUGGUUGCCGCAAAGCCCACAUGAGCGCGACCAGCUUGAUCUUUCAGCAAUUGGACAGAUCUACCGAGCAGACGCUAUUGUUUCUUUGACUACAAGGCUGAGCACAAUAACUAAAUGGGCCAAGGAGGGCGGGGUAUUACUGAUGGGCUAUACUUCAUUCCGUAUGGAGAUCUCAAAGGCUAUGAAUCUAAAUAAUCAUGCUAACUACCAGCACAAACAGAUUAGUGAUUAUCUUCUGAAUAGCCCAAACAUCAUCAUUGCUGACGAGGCUCAUUCGCUCAAAAACCCUAAGGCGCAAAUCAGUCAAGCCACCCGCCUCUUCCGCUCCAAGUCCCGAGUAGCUAUGACAGGAUCACCGCUCUCCAAUAACCUGAUGGAAUAUUGGACAAUGAUCGACUGGAUUGAUCCUGGCUUUUUAGGACCUAGUAAGGAGUUCGAGGCCAAGUUUUUACAUCCCAUAGAGGAUGGACUUUACGCAGACAGUACUUUGAGUCAGAGGCGGAAUUGCUUGAAAAUGUUGACUGUUCUGAAGAAAGAUAUUGGCCCAAAGGUGCACAGAGCUGAUGUGAGGGUGAUCGAAAAAGAUCUCCCUCAAAAAACGGAAUUUCUGGUAAAGGUGCCCCUGACGCCUUGGCAGGUUGAGAUGUACACCAAAUUUGUCACGGAUCCAGAAGUAACGGGUGCUAUAGAGGGCAGCGAUGGUAAAGCUAAAUCUGGAACCAGGUUCUUUGAUAUUGUUCACCUUCUCUCACUGAUUUGCAAUCAUCCUAUGUGCUUCGUGGAUACUAUUGAGGAACGGGGCCAAAAAGCACAAGCGGCCGUUAGAAAGAACAGACAGUCGAAGCAAGAUAUCUUCUCCCUAGAAGACGAAGAGCUUCAGGAAUUGAUUGACCUGGAUGACCUCUCUCCUAAUGAAGAGCUGCUGGAGGGUGCAAGCAAAAAGUAUGCUUGGGCCAAAGAAAUGGCCAGCAAAACCCAAAACCCCCGAGCUUUAUUCCACUCAUACAAGAUGCAAUUAUUAAAGAGCAUUGUUGAGCAUUCGAUCAGGCUCGGAGACAAAAUCUUAAUUUUUUCUCAUGGUGUCUACACCCUGAAUUACCUCGAUAAAUUGCUUGAGGACUGGAAAAUCGAUUUCCUUAGGCUUGAUGGAAAGACAAGGAUGAGUACAAGACAAUCGGCGACCAAAUCUUUCAAUUCCGGUAGGAGUGAUGUGUUUCUGGUUUCUACUGAGGCUGGCGGGUUGGGUCUGAACCUGCCAGGCGCUAAUCGUAUCAUUAUCUUCGACUUCAAGUGGUCACCGAUGUGGGAGGAGCAAGCUGUCGGAAGAGCCUACAGAAUGGGUCAGAAAAAGCAUGUUUUCGUCUAUAGGUUUCAUGCGGUUGGAACUUUUGAAGAUCUCAAGAGGAACAAGAUUCUUUUCAAGAGUCAGCUGCAGUCCAGAGUGGUUGACAAACAAGAUCCACUUCGAACGGCACACAAAGACGUUAGGCAGUAUCUCCUCGAGCCUGCGAAUAUUCCAAAAGAAGACCUAACCGAAUAUCGAGGAAAGGACCCUGUGUUGGAUAAAAUCAUGAAAAAGUAAUUCUACUCACAAAUCCCCAGCACCGAAGUUACCGAGCUAGGUACUAAUUAACUGCCCCAUAGCGUUGACUUUAUCACCGCUAUUCAGUACUCGGAGAGCUUCCAACACGAUCCCGACGAUGUCCUUACCGAACAGGAGCUUCGAGAGACAGACGAAAUCCUAAAGCAGAAUCAAAUGCAGCGCAAAGAUCCUAAUUAUCGUCAGCAGCAAUUCCAAGCUGCUACCCAGCAAACGGCGGGGGAACAAAUAGCAGCAGCAGCAAGGGAGAUGCAAUUUACUGGUUCCCCAAUUGUUUUGCAAUCAGCCCGACCAAUUGUUAUCCCCCAGUAUGUUCCCCCCUCCUCCUCGGCGUCCGUGACUCCGGCAACUUCUACCUCCAGUGCAAUCAGUCGAGCCCAGUCUACAACAUUGGCUGUCGGUAAUACGGCUCCUGCAACCGGAAGCCUCCAACCUACAACUCCAUUCCCAGCUACUCCAAAACUAAUUAGUAAUCGCUUUGGCCUUAAUCUUAGUCGUCCCGCGAGAAUUAGAUUCUCCCCAAUCGCAAGGCCAAGUGAGGGAAAUCCCGGCAAUAGCAGUAGACCUCCAACAACUCCUGCGACACUCCAGACUUCUACUGCUCUACCAAUCCCGAAGUCGACAAAACCCGCCACCCAAACCAUUCCGCAACCUAAACAUGCGUGAGUAGAUGUCAGUGUCUCACAUUGCUUCCUUUUGGAAAUUAUCCAUCAAGCUACUUGAAUACACUGAUUUUGCAUUUUCAUGUUUGGUGUUCGUUUUCUUGAAGCGCUUGGCUGUUUUACUUACUUUGGUGACAAAAACCGCUUCCUUACGAUUUAUGUCCACUUCUCUUUUCUUUCAUCUGCUCUACAAAUCACUUCUUUGUUAGCAUCAUUAAGCUCUGGCGUUUCCAUGUCUGAUUAUGUUCUACCUAGUUUCUGCUUCGAUGCUUUGGGGGAUGACUUGACUUCUCUGUCGCUAUUUGGUAUUCUUUUGCUUUUGUUUCCAUACUUUUGUGUACGGGUAUUUACAUUAUUAACAGAUAGACUAACGACUAGAGGUUGGUUUGGGUCAAAAGUUUGUUUUCUUUUACCCUGCAUCAUUAUGGCUAGUGUUAGCUAGGAUACAGGUGGGGGAGAUAUGGAGGAAAGCUAGGUGGAAGGGUACAGAACCAAGAAACGAAAAGAAAGCAAGCUUUUGAGUGGAAAGGUGGAUGAAAGACAAUCGGAUGAAGUGGGGGCAGAAAGGGAAUAAAAAUAAAUAAUUAUCCUGUUGCUUUCCAUCAUUCACACUACUUCACCAACACCUAGUAUAUAGCUACCGAACUAGUUGGUUGGUUGGUAGGUGGAUAUUUUCUGUGUCAUAGCUGCCUCGGUGCGGAGGGGGCUCUUCUACUUGCCUUUUUGCUAUUUGCUUAUUUUAUCCAUUUCAGAUUUGUAUCUU